GCGUUUGUUCGAGUUGUCCCUUGGUACAACAUCAACCGUCGCUCGUCUGAGUAGAUUUAGUGUCACUCUAGCCAAUCACAUCGGUUCGAAGUAGUUCGCCCUGAACAAGCGAUUUUCUUCGGCUAGAAGAAGUGUUAAAGUGCUGCAGUAGUGUGUUAAUAAGGAAGAGAACUGUAAUCAUGGUUGCAUUAGCGGAGCCACAUUUCCAGGCCUGGAUCCAAAGCGCGGCCACUAAUGUGAGCGUGGUGGACAAGGUCCCAGCGGAUAUGCUACACAUGGUUGAUGCCCAUUGGUAUCAGUUCCCGCCAAUGAACCCACUGUGGCACUCACUCCUGGGAUUCGCCAUCUUCGUUCUGUGUUUCAUUUCUUUGAUCGGAAAUGGCAUGGUGAUCUACAUCUUCACCAACACCAAGACACUCCGAACCCCAUCCAAUCUGCUAGUGGUCAACCUAGCUUUCUCGGAUUUCCUGAUGAUGUUUACGAUGGGACCGCCAAUGGUGUACAACUGCUACCACGAAACAUGGGUUCUGGGCCCGUUCGCAUGUGAACUGUACGGUAUGUUUGGAUCACUGUUCGGCUGUGUCUCGAUUUGGACCAUGACAAUGAUUGCCUUCGAUCGCUACAACGUCAUCGUAAAGGGUCUCUCGGCCAAACCCAUGGGCAACAAUGGUGCUUUGCUGCGAAUCUUCUUCGUAUGGGGAUCUUCGCUCGCCUGGACACUCGCCCCAUUCUUUGGAUGGAAUCGAUAUGUCCCAGAGGGUAACAUGUCCGCAUGCGGAACUGAUUACCUCACCGAUACCUUGCUCAGCCGCUCAUACAUUCUGGUUUACUCGAUUUUCGUGUACUUCGCACCACUAUUGUUGAUCAUCUACUCGUAUAUCUUCAUUAUUAAGGCUGUAUCUGCUCACGAGAAGAACAUGCGCGAGCAAGCGAAGAAAAUGAACGUUGCUUCGCUCCGAUCCUCGGAGGCUCAGAGUACCAGCACUGAAAUGAAACUCGCCAAGGUUGCCCUGGUCACGAUCUCGCUGUGGUUCAUGGCCUGGACUCCGUAUCUGAUCAUCAACUACACCGGUAUUUUCAAAGCGGCUCCGAUUACCCCACUGGCUACCAUCUGGGGAUCACUAUUCGCCAAGGCCAAUGCCGUUUACAACCCGAUUGUAUAUGGCAUAAGCCAUCCGAAGUACCGUGCCGCCCUGUACCAGAAGUUCCCCUCGCUAUCCUGCACGGAUGCAGCCGACGACAGCCAAUCGAUGGCCUCUGGCACCACCACCGUCGUGCAAGAAGAGAAGCCCUCAGCCUAAGUUACCCACAUGGCAUCGACUGUGUUCGGGAAUCACUUUACUGAUACGUUGUAGAGAUCCCUUAUUUAGCCUUAGUCAGUUUUAUUUAAUAAAUAAAGCAAUUUCUCCAAAUAUGGAGA